AUGGCGUCCCAGUUCCAGCACGAACGGGAUAUUCCCAUCACAAAGCAAAGCUUCCCAGGCAAGGAGUAUGACAUGCCCAAUCCGCAACCCACUCGGGACGAAGUACCCGGCAGCAGCGGACAUGGGGAAACAUACCGAGCUGCAGGCAAGUUGCGUGGCAAACGAGCUAUAAUUACUGGAGGUGAUAGCGGCAUUGGUGCCUCCACCGCAUUGCUCUUCGCCAGAGAAGGGGCUGUCUCCACCAUUGCAUACCUUCCGGAGGAGGAGAAGGAUGCCCAAGAUACUCGAAAUCAAAUUCAAGACAAUGGCGGUACUUGCUAUCUUGUCGCCCUGGACCUGGUAAGAAAGGAAAACUGCAAGAAAGUCGUGGAUUUCGCUCUAGAAAAUAUGGGUGGUGUUGAUAUUUUGUUCAACAAUGCGGCUUUCCAAAUGGUACGGAAAGAUAUCUCAGAUCUUUCCGAGGACCAAUGGGAACAUACGUUCAACAUCAACAUACAUGCAUAUUUUUAUAUGGCCAAAUACUGCUUGGAGCACAUGACCGGAGGUGCUACUAUUAUCAAUAAUGCGUCGAUCAAUGCCUACAUUGGCCGGCCGGACCUUCUCGACUACACUUCCACGAAAGGAGCCGUUGUUUCAUUCACGCGUGGUCUCAGCAAUCAGUGCCUGGCGAAGGACAUUCGUGUGAACGCAGUCGCCCCGGGACCUGUAUGGACACCAUUGAUACCAUCUACGAUGGAUGAUGAGGCCCAGGAAAACUUUACGAGUCCUAUGGGAAGACCAGCACAGCCUUCCGAGAUAGCGACUUGUGUUGUCUUUCUGGCUUCGCCAGAUAGUUCCUGCAUUAGUGGCCAGACCAUCCACUGCAAUGGUGGGACCGUUGUCAAUGGUUGA